AUGAAAAUUUUUAAUGAUACAAUAUAAGAUUAUAUUGAAAAGCAUUCUGAAAUUACAAAGAUGAUAGAUUUAAAUGUUCUUUCUUAAAAACCUGGAUUUAAGAUAGAAUAAUUCAAUAACCUUAUAUAUAUAGGUUAAAUGUUGGAUGGAAAGAAGCAUGGAACAGGUAAAAGUAAUUAAAAUUUUGAUAGGUAUUUUAAAAGUAGUUGGUUCAUAUUAAAUUUAUAUUGGAGAAUGGAAAGAAGAUUAAAAAUCAGGUUAAGGUUAUGAAAAAUUUUCAAAUGGAGCUAAAUAUUAUGGUAGUUAUGAGAAUAAUAAAUAAAAUGGAUAUGGUGAAUAUUUUUGGGUUAACGGUGAACAUUAUAAAGGGAAUUGGAUAGAUGGUAAAAGAAGUGGUUAUGGGGAGUGGAUAAGUUCAAAUUAAUAUUAUAAAGGAGAAUGGAAUAAUGAUUAUGUAGAAGGUAAAGGUGUUUAUUAAUCUGAAAAAGGUAGUUAAGAUUAUAAACUUAGGUGAUUUAUAUACAGGAAAUUUUUAGGCAUCUAUAAAACAUGGAAUGGGAGAAGAAUUGUUUGCAAAUGGAGAUUUAUUUAGAGGGAAUUUUAUUAAUGGUAAACCAGAAGGUUAUGGGGAAUACUUUUGGAAAUGUGGUAGUUUUUAUAAGGGUAACAAAUAUUAUAAGAUUUAUUAGGUUAUUUUUAAAAUGGUAUGAGACAUGGUCAUGGUUUAUGGUAAUCAUCAAAUUAAACUUUAUGUGAAAAAUAUGUUGGGGCCUAUUAAUUUGAUAAAAAAUAAGGAUAUGGAGAAUUUACAUUUAUAAAUGGAACUAUUUAUAAAGGUUGGUUUUACGAUAAUCAUAGAUAGGGAUUUGGAGAAAUGUUUUAAAAAGGAAUCGCAAUUUAUUAAGGAGAUUGGGAGAAGGAUAAAUAUAUUGAAAAAUCUAUAUUAAACUUUUAAUAGAAAUUAAAAACUUUAGAUAACUCUGCUCAAUAUCCAAAGUAUACCAAUGCUGAUGAAAUUAAAGAAUUAGAAGAUGAAUCUAAUAUAUCAGAGGAUUAAGGCACACUUUAAAAUAGUUUGAUUAUACCCAAAAAAUAAAAAGAAAAAUUCAGAUUAGCUACUUUAAAUUUAGAUAAUAAAACUAUUUCUCAUCGUAUAUCCCCAAUGAAAGAAAGCUUAAAAUUACCUUAAAGCUCUAUUUCAUCCAAAAAAAGGGUUUAAUCAUAAAAUUAAUGCAAGAAAACAAUAAUUUAAUACAAUAAAAAUAGAGCAAUUUCUACAUAAAUCAAACUCUAAAAAAUUAAUCAACAACCAGAUUAAAAUUGGUAAUAUUCUACAAAAAAAAAAGGAAAAAUAAAAUUGGAAAAAUUGAAAUGA